AUGCAGAUCUUCGUGAAGACGCUGACGGGGAAGACCAUCACCCUAGAGGUGGAGAGCAGCGACACGGUCGACAACGUCAAGGCCAAGAUCCAGGACAAGGAAGGCAUCCCUCCGGACCAGCAGCGCCUCAUCUUCGCGGGGAAGCAGCUGGACGAUGGCCGCACCCUGGCCGACUACAACAUCCAGAAGGAGUCCACGCUGCACCUUGUGCUUCGCCUCCGCGGGGGCACCAGGAUCGAGCCCAGCCUCAAGGAACUCGCUCAGAAGUACAACCAGAAGAAACUGAUCUGCCGCAAGUGCUAUUCACGCCUGCCGCUCAGGGCUACGAAUUGCCGCAAGAAGAAAUGUGGCCACAGCAACCAGCUACGGCUAAAGUCGAAAAGGCGUUGGUUCUGUUGA